AUGGUUGAUUUAAUGGAAGCUCUUGUGCGAAUGUACGUGGAAGACAAGGAAAACGAGCUAAUCUUCAAUGAUGAGGAAAUUUCAAUGGAAUUACCUCAGAACGAGGUUGUUCUAAACACUUCCCGACGAAUUGAGCUGGCUGAAUUUCAGCGUCCAAGAAUAUUCUUAGCUUUUUUUGUUGAUGUGUAUCGAGUUUUGUUAGAUACUACUAGUUCUUGCAAAGAUAGUGGUAGGUUGAUUCAAACCGUCUUGUUAAAUAUUCUCAUUACCAUCUAA